AAACCCAACACCACACAUAGCUCAUUGUGAUUAACACAUGCACUAGGUCGCCUCUUCCAUUUGCAAUCUUGUUAAUUUGUCUAAUGACAUGGCUCUGCCCGCGGCGUUUUCCGGCGGUGAUUUAGUGUUUACAGUGAGGCGGCGCAAACCCGAACUGGUGGCUCCGGCGAAGCCCACCCCUCAUGAAUUGAAACUGCUUUCGGACAUAGAUGACCAAGAUGGUUUCCGAUUUCAGAUGCCGGGGAUACACUUCUAUGGUCACAAAACGUCCAUGAGAGGAAAGGACCCAGCUCAAGUCAUAAAGAACGCACUGGCUCAAGCUCUGGUGUUUUACUACCCACUUGCAGGUCGACUCAGGGAAGGAGCUGGACGCAAGCUUAUGGUGGAUUGUAAUGGAGAAGGAGUGAUGUUCGUUGAGGCCGAUGCUGAUAUCUCUCUUCACCAAUUCGGUGACCCUCUUCACCCUCCCUUCCCAUACUUUGAUGAACUCCUUUAUAACGUUCCUGGCUCAGAAGGACUUCUCAACUGUCCCCUCUUAACUUUCCAGGUUACGCGCCUCAAGUGUGGGGGAUUCAUCUUCGCCCACCGCGUAAAUCACACUGUAAGUGAUGGUCCUGGUAUGUUCCAAUUCCUAAACGCCGUGGCAGAGAUUGCCGGCGGCGCAUGUGCACCUUCCGUUGCUCCGGUAUGGCGGAGAGAGCUGCUAUCAGCAAGGGAUCCGCCUAGAGUUACUUGCACGCAUCGUGAGUACGACCAACUCCCCAAUAACAAUGAUCCAAUAUGGACCCAAGAAAGCAUCGUUCACCACUCUUUCUUCUUUGGACCCAAAAAGCUAGAAGCCAUCCGUCAAUUGUUUUCCCCUUACAAUAAUGGUGAACACACUACGAGGUUUGAAGCUCUUACCGCUUUCCUCUGGCGUUGUCGUACUAAAGCAUUGCAAUUAGAGUCCUCCGAGGAGGUUCGCUUUACGUGUGUCAGUAACAUAAGAGGCAAAUCAAAUCCUCCAUUAUUGCCACCUGGUUACUAUGGCAAUGCUUUUGUGUAUCCAGCUGCAGUCACAACCGCAGGAAAGCUCUGUGAAAAUCCACUAGGGUAUGCCUUAGAGUUGGUGAAGAAGGCCAAAGCUGAGGCAACGGCGGAGUAUAUACAAUCUGUGGCUGAUCUUAUGGUCAUAAAAGGACGACCGGGCCUCACAAUGCGUGGAACAUGGAGUGCGUCGGAUAUUUCGCGUGUUAGGUUCAGAGAUGUGGAUUUUGGGUGGGGUAAGGCCGUGUACGCUGGACCGCCGACGACCGGAGCUGGUGACUUUCAGGGGGUAAGCUAUUAUGUUGGAUAUCAGAAUGGAAAAGGAGAGGAAUGCAUAGUUGUGCCAUGCUCCUUACCGCUCAAUGCUAUGAAGAGAUUCAUUCAGGAAGUGGAUCAACUGCUUGGGUAACUUGAUCUAUUAUGAAUCUUCUAAAUUAAUGGAGGUUGCUUCGUAGCUAAACUAUAUACUAUUAAAUAGGUCUUACUUCUAUGUAUGUCUAUGCUUGGUUUGGUUAUAGAUCUAUGGUGUUUCAGGGUCCAUGUUAUUAUUAAUCAUAUUAAUUCCAGCAUUAUAUUAAUUUUCA